GGACUUAUUAUUAACUCAUGAAUAAACCGAAAGUCGCACCCAAAUUUAAUGGAGCCCGACAUUUAUCAUAUCUGGGCAUCCUCUCUCUCACGUGAUCUUCUUGGCUUCAAAUAGACAGAUACCACAAUGUUUUGUAAGAAAGCAAAGGCCCUAGCUACGGCUACUUUUACAAAGUCAAACUUCACAACGACUUUUGCUUACCCGUCUGAAUCAACAACGAAAAACUCGGAAGAUCUCACCAAAUGCUUAUUCAAUUAUUAUACAUACUAUUAACAAUUACAUGUGGGUAAUAUAAGAGGCUCAUUUGAUAUUUGUAUAAUUAAUGUCUACGCAUGUGUAAUAUAAGAGGACAACCGUACAAGAUUACAGUCGUAUUACUACUACUAUGAACUCGGGAAUCAUUUAAUCCCCCUGAUCUUUAUUAUAGUUCAAGUCACAUAAUGUCAAAGUCCAAAUGACUUCUUUUUCCCUCAAAACAAAUUAAAACUAAGGAGAUUCAAAGUAAAACUUGGACUUUUUCAAAGUCAGCCCUAUAUUUGGACUUUAGAAAUUACAAACUAAUUUCCCAAGCAUCCUAAAACGUUUUCUCAUAUAAUCAAAUCUUAUAAAAAACCACUGAACGUUUGGAAGUUAUUGUCAGUCUCUUCAUCAAAGUCAUCAUUGAAUCUGUAAGAGAACGGGUACCAACUCUCUUGUAUCCUUAUUAGAAGCAUCUUUUGUUGUCAUCUUCUUUUUCCCUUUUCCCACCAAAACUCAUACUCAAUCUUUUUGGUCAGCACUCUCUUGAUCAUUUAUGGGCAAAGCAAGAUCCAUGGUCUCACUCUUCUUCCUUGUGAUCUUCCUUGUUCGAGCUCAGAGAUCAACGGCAGAGUCGACUACAGAGUUCAUUUUCCAAGGUUUUAAAGGAAACCAAUCAGAUAUUCAAUUACAAGGAGAUUCAACAAUCACGCCCAACGGACUAUUGAGGCUUACCGAUCGAAACUCAAACCUUGCAGGUACAGCUUUCUACCACAAACCGGUGAGAUUGGUGGACAGUAAUUCGUCGGUUCGGUCCUUUAGCACUUCUUUCGUGUUUGUCAUCAUACCUUCAAGCUCAGACAACGGAGGUUUCGGCUUCACCUUCACACUAUCUCCAACCCCAAACAGGACAGAUGCGGAAUCUGCACAGUACUUGGGGCUUCUCAAUGAAAGAAACGAUGGUGAUCCGAGCAAUCACGUUUUUGCAGUGGAGUUCGACACGGUACAGGGAUUCAAAGACGACACAAACCGAAUAGGCAACCACAUCGGUCUAAAUUUCAACAGUCUCUCCUCAGAAGUCCAAGAACCUGUGGCUUACUUCAACAAAGAUGGCAAGAAAGAAGAUUUCCAACUUGCGAGCGGCGAGCCAAUCCAAGUCUUUUUGGACUACGACGGACCAACCAAAACACUAAAUCUAACUGUUUACCCAACGAGACUGGGAGCUAAGCCCAGAACUCCUAUGAUCUCACAACAUGUCCCUAAACUGUUACAAGUAGUGCAAGAAGAAAUGUUCGUAGGAUUCACUGCAGCCACGGGGAGGGAUCAAUCGAGUGCACAUUACGUGAUGGGGUGGAGCUUCUCAAGCGGCGGAGACCGUCCGGUUGCAGCUACGUUGAAUCCCUCGGAGCUUCCUCCUUCGCCUCCAAAUAGGGCGAAGAAGAGAGGUUACAGCGGGAAGGUCAUCGCCCUGAUCGUAGCUUUAACGACUGUUAUAUUGAUCAUGUUCCUCUUAUCUGUAAUCUUCAUGUUAUACAAAAGGAGAUUGCAACAAGAGGAGAUCCUCGAGGAUUGGGAAGUCGAUCAUCCACACAGGUUUCGAUACAAAGAUCUCUACGCGGCUACGGAUGGAUUCAAAGAGAACAGGAUUGUAGGAAGCGGAGGAUUCGGAACUGUUUACAGAGGAAGCAGCAUCAAAAUCAAAUCUUCUUCUUCUUCCGAUCAAAUCGCCGUGAAGAAGAUAACUCCGAAUAGCAUGCAAGGUGUUCGAGAGUUUGUCGCAGAGAUAGAGAGUUUAGGGCGUUUAAGGCAUAAGAAUCUGGUCAACCUCCAAGGAUGGUGCAAACACGGAAACGAUCUCUUGCUGGUUUACGAUUACAUCCCCAACGGAUGCUUGGACUCGCUGCUCUACAGCAAACCCAGACGAAGCGGCGCCGUUUUGUCGUGGAACGCGCGUUUUCAGAUCGCCAAAGGAGUCGCGGCUGGGCUGCUGUAUCUCCACGAAGAAUGGGAAAAGAUUGUGAUUCACAGAGACGUCAAACCCAGCAACGUUCUCAUCGACGAUGACAUGAACCCUAGACUUGGAGAUUUCGGGCUCGCCAGGCUUCACGAGCGAGGAUCGCUGCAGCACACCACCGUAGUCGUCGGCACGAUUGGGUAUAUGGCGCCUGAGCUCACACGCAACGGAAACUCCUCGUCGGCUUCCGACGUUUUCGCUUUCGGCGUUUUGCUGUUAGAGAUCGUCUCCGGGAGAAAACCGACGGAUUCUGGUGGCUUCUUCUUGGGAGAUUGGGUCAUGGAGCUACAAGUGAGCGGUGAGAUCCUCGGUGCGGUCGAUCCCAGACUCGGAUCUGGUUUCGACGAAGAGGAGGCAAGGCUUGCUCUCGCCGUCGGUUUGCUCUGUUGCCACCCCAAAAUGGGAUAUCGUCCGACUAUGGGAAUGGUGCACAAGUAUCUGAACAGAGACGAGGAUGUACCUGAGGUUGAGGAUUCUUCAAGAAGAAGCGUUUUAAGGUCCAAGUACGGAGGAGGAGGAGACGUUUCGUCGUUUGAUAGGGUUUCGAGCUCAUCUCUCACCAGAAUUUCCUCAAGUUCGUUUAUCAGUGCUAGAUAGUAAGAGCAUCUCCAAUGGUUCUAAUGAUUAGUUUAAUAGUUAAUUUUGUAGUUUGUGAAGUUUAGAACCCUUGCUAAUAUAAUUAACUUUUUCAUGGUCUAAUGGGAGAACUCUUUGAAAUUCUUAAAAAUAUAAUU